AAUCUACAAAGUUAUGGGAUGUUUUCAGUGACUCAGUUUGUUCUUUGAAUCAUUUACCUGCAUGAUGUCUGGAGUUGGAGCUGUAAGAGUUCUUUCAGGAAUUUCAGCUCCUCAACACCUUCAGAAGCAUCACACUCCUCCUUUUUCUCUCUUAACACACUCAGCGAUAAGAGAAGAGGCACAAACACGGUUAUCACAGCCAUUUUUCUGCAGGGCAUCGUGCUUACAAAGCAGAUAAACCAGUUUAUACGAUCAAACUGAAACACUUUGAUUCAACCCAAAGAAACAACCUAAACACCAGACAGACUUACUGAAAAGACACAUUAGGCCGACGCAUCUUUCCCUACAAAAAUGUCUGACAUCUUUAAGCAUUUAACUGCUGAUGACUGUAUCCAAUUACAGCCUCUCAGAGCCGAGUGUGCUCACAACAAAUGAGCAAACUGUAAUCAAAUGUCUAAAAAGACGAGAAACCAGAAAAAGAAAACAGAAAAAAAAAGAAAAUCUCUUGGACGAAAGCCCGCCCCCACAAAGAGCACGUGUAUUACUCAUCUCCCACAGAGCCGCCUUGCUCUAGUGUAUUGUGGGAGGACCGAGGUGGGCGGCUGUGCAGAGGAUUGGGAGCUGCGUUAAAAGGCCACAUGACUUCAGCUUAUGUGUAAUACAGUAGCAAGACGCUUCAGCUUUCACUGAAGCCCGUGAGCAUGUGUUUCUGUGCAUGUGUGUGUAGGUUAUUUCAAACUAAUCAGCAAAAAUGGGUGUGAGAAAACUCUGACAUCUCAUUCUCUUAAGAUAUGCUUCACCUUCAGAGUCGCACACAAGUGAAGGUCUUGUGUUUGUCCCAGGUGCAGGGAAAUCUGUGAAGCAGCAUGUGGCUUGUCCCAGUUCCUCUAUUGUACCUGUGUGUGUAUGUGUGUGUGUGAUUGCGUAUUGCGACAAGAUUGACCCAUUUGAAUCUUAAUACAGGCUCACUAAAGAAUAGCUGAAAGUAGUUCAACAUGUAGGCUAAGCAGCAACUGACACCACCACAAGGUGGCCCAUGGAGGACAGUGGAGGAGAGGUCAAAGGGCAGCUAAAAGUUUAGCAAAGAGGGAUUUUUUUUCUAGUUUUCACAAGGAUGUAAAAUAAUCACGUGACUUUCAUUAAAUACAUUUUGAAGCAGCAUCAGAAAAAAGGAGGAUGGGGAAGGAGAGACAGGGAAAAAAAGGAUGGGAUUUGAAGGUGGGAGCGCACAUGUGAGGGCGCGCGCCCAUGUGUGAGAGCCCGCAGGAGCAGGCGCGCGCGGCUCACAACUUCUUCCGCUCUGCGCCGCCGCCGCCGCGUCUCUCCCCCUUCGCGUCUUUCCCCGGGACACAGGCGGCUGGCGCGGGGAGAUGUGAAGAAGCUAGAAGUAUGGCAUGCAAGGAUGGUGUCUGCCCAGAAGAAGGAGAUGGUGACAGCGACGCGCCCCGCUUGCAUCGGGACCCUCGUCCACUUUUUCUUUUUGGCGACUUGUGUGGAGGAAAUCUGUGGACAGACACGGAGGGAUGAAAAGACCAACCCGGAGAAUUUUACUCGAAUUUUGGACCGACUUCUGGACGGCUAUGACAACAGGCUGCGACCUGGAUUUGGAGGUCCGGUGACUGAAGUCAAGACUGAUAUUUAUGUGACGAGUUUUGGGCCCGUCUCAGAUGUUGAAAUGGAAUACACGAUGGACGUGUUUUUCCGUCAGAUGUGGAUCGAUCGGCGGCUGAUGUACGAGGGUCCGAUGGAGAUCCUGAGGCUGAACAACCUGAUGGUGACUAAGGUGUGGACGCCCGAUACGUUCUUCAGGAAUGGCAAGAGGUCAGUUGCUCACAACAUGACGGCGCCCAACAAGCUGUUCCGCAUCAUGAAGAACGGCACCAUCCUUUACACCAUGAGGUUAACUAUCAGUGCAGAGUGUCCCAUGAAGCUUGUGGAUUUCCCCAUGGAUGCACAUGCAUGUCCUCUCAAGUUUGGGAGCUAUGCUUAUCCCAAAACCGAGAUGAUCUACACCUGGACAAAAGGGCCUCAACAUUCGGUGGAGGUUCCUGAAGAGUCCUCCAGCCUGGUUCAGUAUGAUCUCACAGGCCAGACAGUCUCCAGUGAGACAAUUAAAUCCAUUACAGGUGAAUACGUGGUGAUGACGGUCUACUUCCACUUGAAACGUAAAAUGGGCUACUUCAUGAUUCAGACAUAUAUCCCCUGCAUAAUGACAGUAAUCCUCUCCCAAGUGUCCUUCUGGAUAAAUAAAGAAUCCGUCCCGGCGCGCACGGUUUUCGGCAUCACGACCGUCUUGACCAUGACGACCCUCAGCAUCAGCGCCCGCCACUCGCUCCCCAAGGUCUCCUACGCCACGGCCAUGGACUGGUUCAUCGCCGUUUGCUUCGCCUUCGUCUUUUCUGCCCUCAUUGAGUUUGCGGCUGUCAACUAUUUCACCAACGCACAGAUUGAGCGGGCCAAGAAGAAGCCGGCCAAAUGUCCCCCGGGGCCUCAGACCACGCCUGUCAAGGUGAAGGACACAGAAGAAGUGCUGCAGCAAAUUCCAGAUUCCAAUGGCUCCCUGAGAAAGCGGAUGAAUAACAUCGCACUCCAGGAGUCGAGCAGUCAGCAGAGAGCUCAGUCCUCCACCAACAUCUCAGGACUCGGAAGGGGAAGACCUUUAAGACCUCUGGCCAGCGGGGCCAAUGGCAGCUCCUCCACCCUCUCCCGCACCAGCCCGAAGUCUGGGAGCCUGCUCAGCGUGGCCUCCUCGGCACAACUGGUGAAGAGCACACCUCAGGCAGCAGCUUCCACGCCAGAUAUAAUGGCAGGGACGCCGUGCAAGCCGGGAACCAGCUCCACAUCCCUGCAGCAUCUGCUGGGGCCCAAACUGGAGCGUAUCCAGAUGAUGGGGAACAAACUGGAGCCAAAGCAGACGCCGUGCUCUCAGCCGACCACUGCUGGGAUGGGUGGAACCAGCAAAAUUGACAAAUACGCACGGAUCCUGUUCCCGGUGUCCUUCGGUGCGUUCAACAUGGUUUACUGGGUGGUUUACUUAUCGAAGGACUCAAUGGUGAGCAAAGGGUAGAGCUGGAAAUAACACGUGUGACAAUCAGUUUGGAUUAUAGACGUCUGCACACAAACGGAUCUUCAGGCGCAUCCUAAGCACCAAUAAGAGAUAUUUUUCUUCUGGAGUCGUGGGAAACAUGGAAACAAGGUGACAAAACAUAACUUAACAGGAAGAAGCACCUGCACAUUGGAAUAUUUUACCGUUCUCUUGUAUAUUUCAUGAUGCCUCAUCUAACUUAUAAGGUCUUUAACGGAUUCAACUGCCUCAUGAUCCUUUUGGUCUGUAGCCAAGCUAACGCACGGGAUUUUGCCAUUUUCCUAUUUUUGUACCCCCGCACCUGGCGAGAUGUUUGGAUUAUCCUGAACUGAUCUCCUGCAGCAAUGUCGACACAUGCGUUUAUUAGGUUAAGCAAAUGUAUAUUUAAUGAGAAAUCUCCAUUUCCUUUUUGAAUAUUAAGACUCGUUGUGUGUGCAAGGAGAGCUGAGAGGCAGAUUCUCUCAGAGUAAACAAAGGAUUCUGUUGGUUUUGUAGGGAUUUUGCAAUGGAUUAUUAUGGAUUCCCAGAAAUGCCAUUCUAUGAUGAAUUCCUUUGGAUCUAAAGGAAGUUUUGAAACCAGGUAGAGUGGAGCUGUGUUCGAAAUUCAUUGCUAGUUCCUUCAUUUAAAGGAUUGCUUCUGAUGCUAAAUGGAUUGAUUAAAACAAAAUCUAAUUGAAGGAAACUUGGGGAUGAAUAAGAAAAGAAGUGGUAGACCACGACUUGCAGCAGUCGAUUAAAGCCUUAGUCACAUGCACUUGUAAGUGGGGAUGAUCCGUACGGAUGCUGUGGGUUUUAGGGUUCUCCGGGCUCAUGGAGGGUCGUAGACAGGAGCGGAUCUUAAGGGGAGCACAGGUGUGUCUUGCAGUUCCCUCGAGGCUUGGUGACCACCUCAAGAAAUGUCAUGAAAAUAGAACAAGUGUAGUUACAUGCCCUUAUGAUGUACGGGGGAUGCUGUAGUAUGGUGGUCUUACUCGAACUCCAGUUAUAAGUAAGGUGCAUGUACUGGCUCCUUACUGACCACACACAAAUCCUGCAGCCAGCAAGUCAGUGCGGGGUGUGUAGGUGAAACAUAAGACGCCCCGUCGGACGCCCAACCACAAAAAAUACGCUCUGAUUCACCAAUUCCCUCAUUUCUGUAGCUACAGACACACCUGGUAUGUGACACAUGUUCAUGUCAGGACUUAAUGUGUGUUUUCAUGAUGGCACAUUUAGCCCAUAGUGUUCACACUCUUCACUAGUGCAUGCCCGACACCUACAGUUGGAAGAGGCUUUGUGCAAUUUGUUGAAGUGGUGGAAAUCUCAGCUAAUCUUGCUUCAGCCUUUUUAUUAUUAUUUUUUUAUCACAGCUCUUUUCUGAUACAUGAAUUCAAAUUCUUCCCCUACCCCAACAGCUUUUCCCUAGCCCUACAUUUAGCCCUGCAAACAAAAAGUUAUAAAAAAUACUUUCUUCAAAUCCAGACGUUGCUAGCCUUGGAUGACAUUAUCAAUAGUCGCUGGUCAUCUAUGUUAGUGCAUAGCUGCUAGCUCUCAGAAAAUAGUUAACAUUGGUUUUAUGACUUUAGGAAGUCAUGUAAAAACAAAUGGCGAAUCCAAAUUCUUCCCCUACCCCUACGGCUUCUCCCUAUCCCUACAUUUAGCCCUCUAAAUGGAGAGUUAUCACUUAAUUAUCACAGUUAUCUCUUGAAAUUCGGAAGUUACUCCCACUCGAUGACGUCAUCAAUACUCACCUGUCAGCUACGUUACAGCGGAGCUGCUAGCCCUCCGAAAUGCAUAACAUCAGUUUUAUGACUUUAAAAGGGUCAUGCUAAAAUAAAGUCAUUACUUGCAUUUAAAUGUAAACUUCAGAGUGCACCCACAUGUUGAAAAGUGCUUCUCCACUAGAGCCCUCCGCUGCAAAGGUUAGCCCUAUUUUGGACAACUCUACCCCUCCAAAUGCCCCCACAAUUAGAGGGGUAGGGAGAAGUCGUAGGGAUAGGGAAAGAAUUCGGAUUCAGCCAAAGUCACUACUAACAAUGUAAACUUCUGUUCUUCAGAACACACCUGCUUGAUGAAAUGUGUUUCUCCUCUGUGGCACAUAGUAACGUGGAUCACCCACGUGAGGGAGGGAUACACAGCCAUAAGUUCCUAGAGCUACCCCUUAAAAAACAACUCCAGACACCACUAUGGCUUCUGAUGCCCCUAAAAUUGUAGGGAUAGGGAGAAGCCGUAGGGGAAGAAUUCAGGUUUGCCCUUGGUUGUUAUAUUAUUCCGUCUGGGCACAAUCUGCAAUCAUUAAAUUCCUGCUCUAUGAUCGAUUUUUAAUCAGUUGGCACUUCCACAAAUUUAAUAAAGGACCCCAAUCAUUCGUCACUGCCAAAUCUGAGUUGCUGAUUAGUCAAAGUUUAACUUUCAACACGUGUUCAGUGGCUGCUAAUUUUGUAUGUAGAGCACGAAAACAGUUGUGAUAAAUUAGGUAACUAUGCGUAAACGCAAGUGUUUUGAAUGUGGAAACCCAAAAGGCACAUUUACACACUUUUCAUUGGAAGUGCUUGAAUGUGCCAUGCUGAGGGUGGUGGAGCGUAGCUUCAGUCAGGCUGGAUGCUUGAAAAUAUGCUCCUUUUUCAGUGUGCAGGGUUUUAAGGAACUGAAAAAAUAAAAAAAUUGUCUGCGUCUCCACCUUACUUUUCCUUAGGUGUUGUAUGAGUGUUGGCUACGACCUAUAGAAAGGGCUCACUGAGAAGUAUACAAUCUUAAAAAGUCUUGCGAGCCACCUGCCACCCCAUACAGAUUUACCCAUUGCAGACAGCCUGUACUCACCCUGUAAGGGCAGUUGUGACUAAGGCAUAAACUGUUUGACCUGCUGCAGUCAAGAUGGUCCAAGUGAAUAUGUAUGUAAGCAAAUGCAGGAUCAAAAAGUAAAAGCCAUUUGCAAGUAGAUCAGUGCAGCAUGACAAUAGUAUUCUGGCUGUUUGUUUAAAACAAAAGAGCCGAGUGCUGUCACGCACAAGACGCACACAUGCUGCUCCGGUUCACUGCACUGCACGGGAAAUCACCGCUUAUGUGGGACUUGUUACUGAAGCCACACAAGAGCCUCAACGAACCAGGCUCAUUUCCAAGGAUGAAAGUAUUUCUUCUUCACUUUUUUCUCAGGCAAAGCUAUAAAAAAAUAAUUAUCAGCGUUCCAGUUUUCUGCUACCAGCAGCUGGGUUCCCUCCGUGUCAAGGUAAUUAGAUCUAGCACAGGUGCAGAUUUUUCAGGGAGAGUCACUUUAUUUAUGAGGCCAAAAUCAACAAAUGGUUAGGUCAAGGGCUUAAACAUACUUCUACAUCCUCUCAUCAUUAUUGCUUUCCUUAAUCCACCUGUUCAUGUGGUUGUUGGCUUCUGCCACCAGGGGGCAGUCUCAGAAAUGUGUGGAAAAUUUGAAGAAGUUUUACUGUACGAGUGUUGGUCCAUUAAAUCUGCUGAGGAAAAAUUAUUUACUGGAGUUGUUGUUAUUACAGGAACAGCUGCAUUAAGAAGUAGUAAGACCGUUACAGAUGACAAAGUAGCUACAAAAUGCAACCCAAAUUGGACAAAAACAUAAGAAAUAAAUACAUGUUUGGAUUUGUUUGCAUUAAAUGGAAUGCUCCCAUCCUUCACUGGUUUUUGCAAACUCUCUCAUUGGUAUAUUUAUAUUUCUAGCUUUUGCACGAACAGUAUGAGACACCUGGAAAACCCCUGUUUUCAUAGCAAACCAUUUGGAAAUUUUAGAUUUUUGCGGUUGCACACUGGAGAUCCUGCAGGAGGAAUGAUGUAGAUGAGGUUUGCAACCCAAAGCAGACCUCUUGCAGUACAGCUCAGCCAGUUAACACAAUAAACAAUGUAUUGCAGUUGCAAGCCUGCUUUUUCACAGAGGCUUUUCUCAGAGUUUUGUGUUGGAAGCUCCUUCUACAAAAAAAAAAAAAAAAAAAAAAAAGAUUGUCAGCCCACGCUCAAACCCAGAAAAAUGAACAAUUUAUCCACUAAAUCCAGUUGAUAUUUAUAAACUGGCUAUUCUAUGCCAAAGCGCAGCCUGAUGUGCACCUACUGCAAAAAUAUCUUAUAGAGAAAGUCAACAAUAAAAACCCACUUAUGAGUUAAAAUUUACUAAAUUAUUGUCUUUGUAAUCCAAAACAGAACAUCUUGAUAUAAAAUAUCACCAAAGAAGUAAGCUCUGAGGGUCUAAAGCUAAAUGAAGAGCAUUAAUCAUCCUAACCUGCAGGAACACAACCCUGAACCUGCUGCAGCAUCACCUCAGCAAACUAAGCGGCGUUAGCUCUUUGGAUGAACACGUCUGUGUUUUCUAAAAGUGUGUAAUCCCUUCACUCUGUGGGAUUAGACCGACAGCAACAAACACCCUCAUUCUGACAAAAAUAAGACGAAACUUUUAGCCCUCACAGAUCCAAAUUUUACUUUUAAAAAUAUAGGAAAAGAUCUUUAUUUGUGCAACAAAUAAUUAUUUUUUUUAUUUAUCAAAAGUAAAUACUUAAAGGGGUCUAAAUGCAAAAUGAUUAUUAUUAGAGAAAACUAAACUUCAACAACCUUUAAGGAAGUGGUUUGUGAAAGUCUUUAUCCGCGGUGGAGAAUUUUAUUUUGAGGAAAUGUGAAUUAAAAACACUUAGGUGUGAUUUUAGUGACAUCUAGUGGUGAAGUUGCAGAUGGCAUUUAAAUGUAUAACUGAUUAACCAUUUAAAGUCCCACUUUGAUAAUCUUUUGAUCUAUUGUUUUAAUCAUAAACAUGCUGUUUUUAGGCAAAAAUAAAAAAAAA